AUGCCCCGUGGCCGCAGCGGCUGUGGCGGCAAGGGGGGAAAGCAGGCCUUGAGGUUGGCUUCGAACUGGGGGAUGAGGAGCGGGGCGCUGUCCUCGAAGGCGCGGACGAGGGCGGGCUUGCGCGCGCCCGGCGUCGUGGGGAAGCCCAGCGUGGUCAGGGAGCGGCGGAGGACGGGGACCGUGGCGCGCCAGGGGUCGAAGGUCGGGGACAGGAACGGGUGCUGCUUCAGUUGGGCGGACCACCAGUCUUCAAAGGUGGGCGAGGGUGGGGGGAUAGGGCGCCCUCCCCGGGGUCCUGUGGCUCUGGGCCUGCGACACCUUGACGAUCAAGGCCUCGAUCAUGAUGAGCUCGCGCUGGAACUCGACCUCGCCCUCGAGGGUGUCCUUGAUGACCUCGGCGGCGGUCUUGAGCUCGCCGCCGACGCCCAUGCCGGCGUCGUCCAUGCCGCCGCCGAUGCCAAAGGCGGGGAUCUGGAUGUGCGGGUCGGCCCAGCCGGUGGACAGCAGGGCCUUGAUGGCGGCGACCCAGCGGCCCCUGUUCCGGGCCAGGGUCGUGGUGGACUCGGGCGUCAUAUUGAGGACCGACGAAGAGCCGCGGUGGUGGAAGAACUGCCGCCCGGCCUUGAGCGCCUGCGUCCACACGAGACGCCUCUGCGCCUCGAGGUCCGCCGACUCGACCACCUCGGUCGGCGCGGUGGAGACGGCAUCGUCGCCGCCGCCGCCGCCACCGCUGCCGUCUUGGCCCUCGCCGUCUCCCCCCUCGGCGGCGGCGGCGGCGGCGGCGGCGUCGGCUCCCUCGGCGCUCGGGGGACCGCCGGCGGCCUCCAGCAGCAGCGGCACGAAGCGGCCGUCGGGCAUGUCGUGGUGGAAGUCGCGGUAGGUUCCGGUGACGGCGCCCGAGGCGCUGACGCUGGGCCCGCCGUCGACGGUGCGCGAGUCACCCUCGGGGCUGACGGCGUACUCGAGCAGGUCCAUGGCGAGCGAGGCGCGGGCCUUGUCGUCGGCGACGAGCGAGAGCUUGUAGGAGACGUAGCCCAGCAGGUUGGCCUGCAGGGCGAGGGACAGGAAGCCGGCGCGGCGCGGGCUGGGCCCCAGCUCCAUGGGCUCGUAGUCGGACCAGUGCGAGGCCAUGAGCGGGCGGUAGCGGUCCCGGUACCAGCCGACGUCGUCGCGGGCGGGGACGUGCUCCUUGACGGCGGUCUGCCAGGCCUCCUGGAAGGUGCGGUCCAGCUCGUCGAGCAGGGCGACGUAGGUCUCGCGCGAGCAGUCCGGGUCCCCGGCGGCGACGAGGCGCUCGUCGACGCGGGCGGCGUAGCGGAGCACGUGCGACACGAGCAGCCAGGCCUCCGGGGUGAACUGCAGGCGGGGCCGGUUCGUGACGACGAGGCGCAGGGUCGAGAAGCACUUGAGGUAGCGGAUGGUGCCCGACAUGAGCGAGACGUCGAGGUCGACCGACGAAGGCACCGGGGCCUUGACCUUCUUCCAGACGCUGGACCGCAGCACGAACUCCUUGGCGGUCAGGUGCAUGAAGACGACGCGGUUGCCCUUGUCGGUGGUCUCGAGCAGGUCGGCGCACGACGUGGUCAGGCGCGACUGCAUGCGCGACGUGAUGGCGGCCAUGUCGGCGCGCGUGUAGGGGUGGGCGCGGUCGUGGUCGACGAUGAGCCGGCCCACGCCCGGGUCCUUGGCCUGCAGCUCCGGGCCGGCCAUGAAGCCCUCGUCGGCAAAGGCCAGCAUGAUGAGGUUGGGGGGGUCGACGGCGCGCAGGAUGAGGUGGAAGAUGCGCGCCGCCUCGCGCUGCUCGUCCCUGUCCAGCGCCUGGAUGAUGCGCAUGUACAGGCCGUUGGGCCCGCCGAGCUGCGAGGGCAGCGACUCGAGCGUGGCCAUGAGCUUGCGCAGGCUGCCCUCCAUCAGCAUGUCGAUGGCCAGCCUGGCCCAGAGUAUGUCGCCCCUGGACUUGCGCGCCACCUCGUCGCAGAGCGGCCGCUGGCCCUGCGACAGUCCCGGCGCCACCUUGUCCAGCCGGUCGGCGCAGUACUGCGAGAUGAGCUUCUCGGUCUGCGUGUGCACGCGCAGCCGCGGCACCCCGGCAAAGGCCUCCUCGAACGGCGGCAGCUCCCGGCUGGCCACGCACAGCUUGACGUGGUCCUGGUUGCUCAGGUCCAUGAUCAGCCGCGCGAUCUCGCUGUGCGAGUCGGCGAUCCAGGCCGCGUUGCCCAGGACGUCGCCGCGCUCGUCGACGCUGGUGGCCUGCUCGCUGACGCUGCCGUACUCGCUGACGGCCAGGGUCGACGUGUCGUUUGCCAGCUCGUCGACCGAGUAGCGGCUGCUCCUCUUGUGGACCUUUUUGCCGUUCUGCUGGUGCUGCUGCGGCUGCUGGUUAUUGGGGUCGUCCUGCUGGUCCUGCGCACCCUCGGCCAGGCGGUACUCGUCCAGGCCGUCGAUAAACAUGCACAGCCUCAGCGUCUUGGACAUGCGCGCAAACAGCUGGUAGAAGGCCUGCGACAGGUUGACCGUGGUGUUGAAGGGCACCCGCGGCGGCCAGGGGCCCUGCAUGAAGGACGGGAAGCACACGGGGAUGAACUCGGGCUUCUGCGUCAGGAUCUGGUACAGCAUGCCCCUGAGGAUGCCCUCUCGGGAUUUUUGCACGUAGCUGCCCGCCUCGAACAGGAACACGGCCGCCAUGAGGAGCUCCGGCUUGUCCCGCCGCCGGACGUUGGUCUCGCCCUCGAUGGCGCUCGACGCCCAGCGUUGGAGCUUUUCACGCGUCGACGGGUCGUGGAACGCGUGUCGCAUCAGCGUCGUCUUGCCCGAUCCCGGGUUGCCGCUGAUCCAGAAGAUGGACUGGUUGGGGUCCUCGAGCCAGUUGUUGAAGGCGUUGGGCACGUUGUCGCCUGCUCCGCUGCCCUGCGUGUCCUUGGCCGAAAGGAUCCAGGCCGAAGUUUGCUUGAGCUCCUCGUUGGCCUUGUUUUCGUUUUCACGCAUGUCGUAGUGGAGAGCGUCGAGGAUUUCUUUUUGUGUGGGUUGGGACAAUCUCUACUCACCCUUGCUCCUAAUCAUGCCAGCCUCGGUGUCCUGGAACCUCGUCCGCCUCGUCAGCUUGCUGAUGUGUCCCACCAGCUGAAAGUAUCCAGGGUCCUGUCUGUCGCUGUACUUGGCCAGGCCGUUGUGGUCCCUGAAGAUGUCGUCGGUGGUGACGUUGAGGCCCUCGUAGGAGGCGCAGUUCUUGGGCAGCAUGUCGACGCCCCUCACGGCCGUGGUCAGCUGCUCCCGCACGCACACGACGGGCAGGUCGCGCGAGAUGAGGGCAAACUCGCCCCUGUGCGUCUCGAGCGCGUCGUUGCUGUCGGCCAUGAUGCGGAAGAAGGCGUCGUCCAUAUGCCCGCCGCCGGCGCCGCCGGCACCGCCCGCCGAGUCCAGCCUGGCCGCGAUGGCGGCGCACUGGGCCAGCGUCUGGCGGCCGUGGCCCUUUUGCGGCGUGCCCAGGAAGAUGACGCCGACGGUGCGCGGGUAGAUGCUGCCCAGCUCGCUCCGCUUGCCAAACACCUGCGACACGGCCGUGGUGGACAGCGCGUCCUUGACGAUGAGCCCGCCGAUGCCGUGCGCGAUGAAGAUGAGGUCGCGCUCCGCCUCGCCGUCCACCCGCGCCAGGUCCAUCGACAGCUGGUCGCUGACCAUGUCGCACAGCUGCCCGUAGCCGCCGGCCUCGCCCACCACCGCCACGUUCUCCGGCACCCGCCACCCCCAGCUGAUGACCCUCGUGUUGGCCGGCAGCUCCCGCGGCAGCAGGUCGCGGGGCCAGCAGACCCCGUCCUGCGUCCAGCUGCGCGUGCGGCCUCCGCCGAACCCGUGCACCAGCACGAUGUCGAUGCCCUUGUCCUUGUUCUCGCCCGACCCGCUGCUGGCCAUGCUGUUGCCCGUCGUGUUGGUGUUUGCCGUGCUGAGCCCGCGCCCGCCCUCGCGGCUGCCGUCGUGCAUGAUCAUCACCCCCGGUCCGUCCGGCUCCAGGUCCAUCGCCAGCGACCGCCGCGUCGUGGUCGCGCUGCGGGACAGCAUCGCCGUGCUGCCGUUCGCCGUGCCGUUCAUCCCGCCGUUGAGGUGCUGCUGGUGCGGGCCCAAGCCGUCGCGGAGCUGCUGCACCCGCUGCGACUUCUCCGGCACCGUCUGCGAGGACGGCUUGCUGCUUUUGCCGCCCAUUCUUGA